CUCUGGAGGCGGCGGUUCCGGCGGCACCGUUGGUGCCGUUAGGAGAGCAGGGGCUACGGCGGAGAGGUGGGGCGGGGCGGGGCAGGGCAGGCUCCGCCGCCCCUUCCGGUGUCGCCUUCUCCUCGGCGGGGCUCUCCUCGUCUCCGCCAUGCACCCCGUUUUCCAGAGCAGCCGGCGUGACUUCACCUUCGGGCCGUGGAAGCUGAGCGCCGCCCGGACGCACAUCAUGAAGUCAGCGCAGGCCGAGAGAUUGGCUGAUGAAUUACACAUGCCCUCCCUGCCAGAGAUGAUGUUUGGAGACAAUAUCCUAAGAAUACAGCACGAUCGUGGUUUUGGAAUUGAGUUCAAUGCAACAGAUGCUUUAAAAUGUGUCAAUAAUUGUCAAGGUAUGAUCAAAGUGGCUUGUGCAGAGGAGUGGCAAGAGAGCAGGAGUGAGACUGAGCACACUAAGGAAGUUGUCAAGCCAUAUGAUUGGACUUACACAACAGACUACAAAGGAACACUGCUGGGAGAUACUGCAACAUUAAAGGUCGUUCCUACAACAGAACACAUAAAUACAGAGAAAUUGAAAGCCAGGGAACAAAUUAUGUUUUUUGAAGAAGUACUUCUGUUUGAAGAUGAACUUCAUGAUCAUGGAGUAUCGAGUUUGAGUGUAAAAAUAAGAGUUAUGCCUUCCAGCUUUUUUGUCCUGUUGAGGUUUUUCUUGCGAGUUGAUGGGGUACUUAUCAGGAUGAAUGAUACAAGGCUUUAUCACGAGGCUGACAAGGCCUACAUGUUGCGAGAAUACACCUCCAGAGAAAGCAAAAUAUCAAGUUUAAAGCAUGUUCCACCUUCCCUGUUCACGGAACCUAACGAGAUCUCUCAGUAUCUACCUAUAAAGGAGACAAUCUGUGAAAAACUAGAAUUCCCAGAGAAGAUGGAGCCUAAACCAGAAGCCUCACUGGAAACCAUGUGUGUUAAGUCUAAAUAAAUGUGACUUUAUAUGGACUCGAAGUAAACUGGAGGUAACAUGAUCAUGUAACCAUUGCCAUGGGGGGCGGUUUCACUACUAGUGGAAUAAAGAAUUCGGCUAAUUUUCUAUAGCCCUGAGAGAAAACAUUUCAAGCAGAUUUUGCUAACGGUGUUUUUUGUUUGGUUGUUGUUGGGUUUUUUAACCUGUAUCUGGAGUUAAUGAUAGACUGGUGGUGAGUUAUUGUUUUCAGCAGCAUUGGAGAAAGACUCACAAUUUAAGAGUCUGCGUUCUGUUUAAUUCCCUGGGUGGUAGGCAGGAUAUUGUCUGGACCCUCCACCACAAACGCUUCUAUGAAGAUUUUGUUAUUGCUUCUGCAGAUACUGAGACUACUGGAGUCUUAAAAUUGGCAUUUUAUUUUUAUUGAGAAACCAUCCACAGGGAAAGAAGAAAAAUCAUUCCCUGCAUUUAUUUUGAGCUGUCAGUUCUAAACUACACGUUUCACUUGACUUCCCCUACUAUAAGCUGAUAACCAGCUAAGUUACUUUUAGGAGACUGAUCCAGACCUUAAAAUAUUCAUUUCAUCUGAGGAUGGGCUUACUGAUGGGAAAAAGAAGUGCGUGCAUUUGUCUGACACUAUAUAAAGGUAAAAUUACCUUCUUUGUGAGGCAUUAACUCCAGAGCAGGAGAAAAGCUGGAGGUUAACAGAGACACACACUGCUAAGUCUCUUCAGAAAUACUAGUUUAUUCUAGUAUUCUCUAGACUACACUCUAGGCAGUUCUGGAGACUAUUACUUAGGGCUUGUAUGCUGCUACAGUCAUGUCCUACAUUGGAAAUGCAUUGUACUGUAUUGACCUAUUGGACAUACUGCAUGGUGCACAUGUAUAAUGGUUAUCCUGCCCUGACAGUCAAAUGGCUGGACUGCAGAGUGGCCUAAGGCUCGGGAAGAGAGAGGUGGUUAGUCUCUAGUCCCUAAAGGAUGCUGGUAUUUGCAGUUUGAGAAACAAGAUCCUACAUAGUCUUAAAAGGGUGCCAAUGUGUAUUCCAGAUACGUAAUUUUGGUUUAUUUUUAAAAUUCUUUAAUUUCUGAUAAAUAGAAGUGUUAUCAUAUGUAUAGUCAUGGUUUUAACAAUUUGUAGAUUAAACUUUAAAUAUUUGUAUUGCUUUUGGAAAUCCUAAAUUAUCUUAAUAGUAUGAAUGGAGGAGCUAAACAGACUUGUCUAGGUUUACUGCUCACACUCAGUGAAGUGAAGCAGGAAAUGGCUGUAGCAGAAAGCAGGCCUUGUGGUUGACGGCACAUAAGAAUGUGUACCUGUUCUCAUGUCUUGGAGUUUUUGUUUAAAAAUCCAUAUUCUGCACUUCAUGGCUUAAUAGAAAAAACUCAGCUCAAAACCUGGUAUUCAACCAGGUCUUCUGAGAAGUGGCUUCCACUUAGAAAAGACCCUGAAUUUUUAGGAAAAAGUCUACUGCCAUCUAAGUGACUGUUUUCUUAAUAAAAACAAACCAAAACACUUUGUUUCACUUUUAUUUGAGGCAGCCUGGUCCAACGAGCUGAUCAGCAGGCUGAAAGGCAGGAACUAAAGCCAGUUUUUCCUGCGUCAUGGAUUUUCUCAAACCACAGGGAACUUGCUUCUCUGUGCCUCAGUUCCCGGUAUGUAAAAAUAAGAGUUAAUAAAUGCUUACCUUACUGAGGGUCUGUCAGGAUUAUUUUGUAAAAAGUUAUUAUUUUUUUUCCCUGAAUACACCUUCAGCCUUAUUUUGGAAUCCUUUGGAAGGGAUUAUUGCAAAAAAAUCUUGUGAUCCGUAAGAUAAAGUGAGUGAAAAGAGCUGAAAUUAAACAGUCUCUGAAAGAAAUUAUUACCAGACAGCCAUGAUGUGGGGUUUUCUGAUAAGUAAAUUUAUGGCCACUUUGAAAUAAAGGUGAGGUCCUCUAUGUUCCCCAUUAAAGUCCUAAAUUCUGUUGGCUUUUUUCAUGUUCCUGCAAUUGUUUCCUAAAGAUUUUAGUGUCAGGAUGAAGAAGGGGCUGCAAAUGAAUGCAGCAUGGAAGUGAUCAAAAUUCAUUUAGGUCCACUCCAGUGAUAGAGCGAUAUGGGGAGAGAGUGAAAAGUAAGGGCACAACAAAUGGGGGUGAAGAGAUACUUUGCUUUUAGAAGUAAAUUAUGGCACUUCUUUUACUCUAAGCGCAUAUUAUUUUACAUGCCUUAAGGGCUUAUAAAAACACACUUUAAAGCUGGUAGUGACUGAGAGCUGAUAUAGUGCUAGCAUGAAGGCAACUGUAUCUGCAUUCAUUAAUUAAAAUUGUGCUUUGGGUUUGGUCAGUGAUGCUAGCAUUAAUCUUUGGGCUGAAGUGUGUGUUGAGGGGGAACCCAGAGCAUCGACACCUAGCGAUGAAAAGGGUGCUCUGCAUGUUUAGCUCACACGCUGUAUUUCAUCUUGUCCAUAUUGCAUACUGAGUUGUGACCUCCCGAUACAGUUGUCUUGAAUGGACUUGAAUCCUGACUCUAUAGUUAUGUGAUAUCCAUCUACUUUGGGUGCUGUGCAUUUCAGUGGAACACACAUGUUGGGGAACUCACACUGUUUAGGAAGUUAAAAUUACUACAGAGUAAAACCUGGAGCACUUUGUGACUCUCUCAUACCACACAGAUUAUCAAGAAGCAGCAGUAUCAACUGGUGUACCGCAAACUCUCUGGUCACAAUUUUACACCGAAAAGUACCACUUUGGAUACCUAAUUUAAGGGGGAGGGAGUAGGGUGAUUCUCCAGCUGUUUUAUGGCAAGUUUAACAUGUGGCGGUUUAUAUUCUUUCUUGUAUGUUGCUAAAUAAAAUGUACCAAACAUUU